UAGCCGAUUGGCUCGACGUAGCGAAUAUCUGCGUGUGUGGUGGUCGAUCUUUCCUCGAUCUUGCAGCAGGUCGCAGCAGAUCUGGCGUGAUCUGGCAACUCUAGCGGUUGCAUCUCGUUAUGUUUUUUCCUUGUUAUCGCUAAUCUUCAUCCUUUCAGUCUUUGCUGAAAACAAAACAACGUGGAUUCUUACGAUAGUCGACGUCAGUUUUUUGUCUGUCAACGAUCUAUCAUUUUUUUAAACUGGCAACCGAGAAAGAUGGAUCAGUGUCAAUCGCAAGAAUCAAAUCCACCAAGUGAGGAUUUGCUAAGUGUGAAUCUACCAAACGAAGAUUCGCUAAGUGUAAAUUCACCAAGUGAAGAUCCGCUAAGUAUAAAUCCAUCAAGCGAAGAUCCACUAAGUAUAAAUCUAUCAAGUGAGGAUCUACUGAGUGUAAACAACCCACCAAGCGAAAACGUCACCAAGGACAACAACGUUGAAAAGGUUCCGAUCAAAAAGCGUAGGAAGUUUCAAGUUUCUUGGCUAAAUCUGCACCAAUGCAGAGGAUGGUUAAGAUCGCAUGAAGAUGGUCAGAGAGCUUAUUGCACAUUGUGCGAGGUCAGUUUGACAUGUAGCAAAUCGGAACUGAUCAAACACGCAAAUCGACGAUACCACGUCAACAAUGUUAUUCUGGUUAAAAAGAAAGAAAGCGAUUCGAGAUCUCCGUCAUCGUCGUUGCUCAUAAGUGAGGAUUACGUGCUGUCUAAGAACCAUACUGCAAAUGUUAAGAACGUCGAGGAAAAAUUAUCAGCCUUUUUUGCGGAACACAACGUGCCGUUGGAUGCGAUUGAUCACUUCGUUCCUUUAAUGAAGGACAUUUUUUCCGAUUCGAUAAUUGCGAGAGACGUUAGACUGUCUCGAACCAAGUGCACGGACAUUGUAAAAAAUAUCGGUAAAAACAAAACCGCGACAUUGGUUACAUUUUUACGAGAUCAAAGAUUCUCCGUUCUGCUGGGUGCUGAAAUCUCUGGUGCCAGCAACAAACGAUUCUUUCCCAUUAUCGUGAGAUACUUGUCACCGGUUACGAAAAAAUGUGCUACGGAAUUGUUGGAAUUGGUUGAAUUGGAUUUUUCGGAAAUUUGUCACGGAGAGACGAUUUUCGCGAAAUUUAAAACUUGUUUUGUAAAGCACGAAAUAUCGUUGCGAAAUAUUGUCAGUAUGAUAUUUUGCGACGAUACGUCCGCGGAGAGUAGAAACUUAUUUAUGAGCAAACUCAAGGAAGAGGUGCCGACUAUUGUGGUACUGAACGGUAUCAGUCAUUCAUUUGGUGAGAUUGUAAAGAAAGCGAUUUCAAAAUUGCCGUAUUCAAUCGUGACUAUUCUAAACUCCAUCAGCAGUUACAUCACCAAUGCGCAAAAAGCAGUGCAAAAACACCAGGUCAGCAGUGAAAUUGAUUCCGCGCCGCUCAACAUCGUCGAACAGUCGCGUGCUACGUGCGAAUCUUUCGAUCCUGAAUCGUGGAAAAAUUUAAAACUAACUGAGACGAAAUGGCACGUUUUGCACAAAUACGUCGUUAAGAUUCUCGAUAAUUGGGAAUUGUUGAGAAAUUACUUCUACACGGAAAGCGAGGGAAAGAAGAGCAAAUCGGCCAAACUUAUUCUCGACAUGUUGAAUAACGACAAGUGUAAGGCUUACGUAUUGUUUUUAAAAUACAUAUUGAUCUUCUUCGAUAGAUUUCACGCGUUGUUGCAAACGCAAAAAAUUGUAAUUCACAAAUUGGCCAAGAGUUGCGAACAAUUGAUAAAGCAAGUUGGUUGCAAUUUCAUGUUACCCGUUGCCAUGAACAACAUCACGUCGAACAAUGUAAUUGCGGAAAAUUUUUUACCCGUUGACGAACUCUACGUAGGUCCCGAAUGUAAUUUGUUUUUAGAGAACAAACCGUUCGAAUACAGAAAUGAGAUUAAAUCCACAUGUUUGAGUUUUUACGUUGCGGCUAUGGAAGAUAUGACGACAAAAUUGCCGCACAACGAUCCAUUUUUGCGCGAAUUAAAUUUUCUGAGUUCGAACGUGGCGUUGAGCUACAAAAGCAGAUGGAUGAUUCGGGAUCUGAGAGAAAUCGCUUCGCGUUUCGGCGAAGAUUUCGACAUGUCGAAAUUGGAGUUCGAAUGGGUGAGUUUGUCGACUGAAUUCGACAACGAGAGCAAAGACGUUCUGGCCGGAUUGGAAGUGGACGAUAUGUGGAGAAAAAUUUUCGCGAGAAAAGAUUUCAACGACGAGCCCAAAUUUUCGCAGUUGGAAAAAUUAGUCGACAUAGCAUUUACGAUUCCGCAUUCCGACGCUUACAUGGAGAGAAUAUAUUCUCUCAUCAUGGAGAUAAAGAAUGAAAAGAGAAACCGUUUUAGCGUCGAGACUCUCAACGCUCUGUGCAAAAUAAGAUCGUAUUAUCAAGAACAAAAUGUAAAUUGCCAAAAUUUAGAUAGCGCGCAAGAGGAAGAUCAGAAUCAUUCUCUGUUGUUGUAAAGAAAUUUUGUGAGAAAAAGAAACGUGCCUCUAUAUCGAGAAAAAUCAUUUAAAUUUAAUAAUUUAUAUAUUUUUUUUUUUUUUACUAUUAAAAACACAUGUGUCCUAAAGAGAAAUAAAAAGAACAAAAGGAGUUGGAUUGAUGAGAUAUCUAUUGCGCGUGGACGUACACACGUACGUACGUACGUACGUACACGUAUAGUCUGUUCUACAUUGAUCGCAAGCGCAAAC